AUUUUCUAAUCAAGGACCUGAUUAGCAGGACUCUCCUUCAAACGCAGUACAAUCUCUGACUGCCCGUCGAUUGCGAAUCGCGGCGGGCGAUUUGAGGCAACCAAACUGAUUAGUGCGAUCCACAAGAUCCACAGAUCUAAACGAAAAUGUCAGUGGCCCGUACGGUGCAGCCGAAAGGCAACACCAAUGAACUGGCAAGGAAGACCGUGCUGGUGUCCCUGCCGCCGGUGGUGAAGAAAUCGAGCAAGAGCCGGUCGUUUCACUUCCGUUACCUGGAGCUGUGCCGGGCCAAGAACUUGGCACCGGUGCCGGAAAUCCGCACCAAGUCAAAUGCUACCACCACCUACCUGGAGCUAUGCGGUGACAAGCUGGCCGUCAGCGAUUGGCUGCUCCUUACCGAGGCUUUGCACCACGACCUGGUGCUGCAGCAGCUGGUGGUGCGUCUGCGUCGCAGCUAUCCACAAUCCAACAUUGACCCCAUUGACACAGAGAAGCGUGCCAGGCUCUUCCGUCAGCGACCUGUAAUCUUUACGCGUUUCAUCUUUGGGAGCCUGAUCCAGGCGAUUGCCAACUGCGUUUCGAGCAACAAAAAUCUGAGUGUGCUUAAGCUGGAGGGGCUGCCGCUGCAGGAUGGCUAUAUAGAAACAAUUGCCAAGUCACUGGCCGACAAUGAGUGCCUGGAGACGGUGAGCUUUUCCAAGUCCAACAUCGGUGACCGGGGCUGCGAGGUGGUCUGCAACACGGCCAAGUACCUAAAUCGCAUCGAGACAUUCGACCUUUCCGAGUGCGGCCUGACCUCCAAGGGAGCUGAGCAUGUGGCUGAUAUGAUGAGGAUGCAAAAGAUCACUCGUUUCAGCGAGGGCUGGGAGAAGUCGCUGCGGUAUCGCAGCGUGGACGUAAACACCAUUGGAGGACUCCGCACCAUCUUGCUGGCCAAUAAUCCAGAGCUGGGCGAUGAUGGUGUCCAAAUGAUAGCCGAGGUCCUCAAGGAGGAUGCCUGGAUAAAGAAAAUCGACAUGGAGGGCUGCGGGCUUACGGAUGUGGGUGCCAAUAUGAUCCUGGAUUGCCUUGCACUCAACACGGCCAUCACCGAGUUCAAUGUACGCAACAAUGAGGGCAUCAGCAAGUUCCUGCUCCGCAGCAUCCGUGAUCAACUCGGUGAACCCGCCGAGGAGAAACAGGAGCCGGAGUACGACCUUAGCUGUGUUAAUGGGCUGCAGAGUUUGCCCAAGAACAAGAAGGUGACCGUAUCCCAGCUGCUGAGUCACAUCAAGACACUGGAGGAGCAGCUUUCCUUCGAGCGGACGCUGCGCAAGAAGGCGGAGAUGCUGAACAAGAAGCUCAGCUACCAGCUAAUGAACACAAAUUCACACAACGUGGUACACGAGAAGGGUAUGGAGUCGGCAGGCCAUUCGCAUAUGGCCAACGAAUUUGUACGCAUUGAGACCCCACCAGAGGUGGUCAAGGAUUCCCAGAGCUACCGCCAGACGCACUUCAACCGGCUGGUGAACAGUGCUGUCACCAGUCCGGAGGUCUCACCCCGCAGCGAUAUGGGCACACUGCGCAAGGAUGAGCAGCUGCAACAGCAAAUGCAUCAUCAGCUCAAGCAGCAAUCUCCCACUCACAUGCAGAUGCAGCGUCCGUCCUUGGAUCACCAGCACGCACAUCAGUCCCCAACUCACAUACAUCCAUCCUUGGAUCAGCAGUUAAGGACCUUGCACGAGGUGGAGGAUGUGGAGCCGCCAGAAGAAAGUCCAUCGGAGACGGAGGAGUCGACAUUCGAGGAGCAGCAAUACCAGCAGCAGAGCACACACCGCAAGCAGCUCCAGGUGCGCAAGGUGCGCAGCGAAAUAAAGUAUGUGGAGACCAACACGAAGGAUAGCAAAGCCAAGAAGCACGAGUCCAAGUCGGAUCACGAGUUUGCCAACGAGCGUGAUUUCAAGCUCAAUCCUGCCGUGCAGUUUGAGACGGACAUUGGUGACAGUGCCAUGGUGAGUUCUGGCAAGCGUUACGACGGCCCCGGGGAUACAAACUACGAGUAUACCUACGAGAGGGAGCAGCACAUGGUAAAGCGGGGCUAUGAGAACGGUUACGUGGGGGAUAACUGCGGCCGGAGCAUUCCGAAACCCUCAGGACUUGCGGAAGCUCUGGCUCAAAAGCGUGGCGCGGGUGGUACCUAUGGCUCUGGCGGUGGUGAUGGCCAUGUGGCACAGUUUGUCAACAGUUUGGAGCGCAGGACCAACGCCAAUGUCAAGAUGGCCAAAAAGCGGCAUAAAACCAAGACAGAGGAGUCGUUGCUACAAGUACAGGUCAACGAGAUGCACAUGGAGAGCUAUAUGUCCAACUACGAGGAGCUCUGCUCCACCGAUACCACUGUGGACAAUUCCGACAACUCGGACACGGAAACCACGGAUGCAACGUUACGCCCCGGUGGCUCUGAAACUAGUUCCGGAAAGUUCACUCCCGUGCAGGUCUUUACGCGACGCAAGCACUCCGAAGGUAGUGUGUCAUUGCCACAGGCGGAUAGUGGCGGCGACGGUGAUGCAGGUGGCAGGGAUCAGAACCUAUCACCGCGCUCCGCCUUUCUGUCGAUGCAGCAACCGAAGCGGGAAUCGUGCUCGUAGGAGCGCUCACACACACCAUCACCACACAGCAGCGGCAGGCAGCGGCAACACCUAUACAACUCAAUUCUACGGGGAUAGGGGCAGGACAGGGAGGGCUAAAUUUGCAGUUGUUGUACCCCCAAGGACCUCCACUUUGCACGUCGCCGUACCGCCUUCUGCCAAGCUGUGCCAAAUAAAAAUGUACAAAAACAUAAAUUUUGGGAAUUCCCGAUUGCCUAAUAUUAAAGAUUUACUAUAUUUGUGUGCUCUA